AUGGACUACCCGGGGAUGUUCACCUACCCUCACGACAUCUCCUACCUCUCGUUGGACUCCAGAGCUCGUGCUAAUGGUACUGGAAGUGUGGAGUUUGAAAGUAGAUUCAGACCAACCCACAGAAGUCAUCUCUACUAUGAUGAGCUGUUCAAUCGGCUACAUCCCCAGGUAAUCGUUCUUUCAGGUAAAAGGUUAUAAACCUUUUUAUUAGAAAAACCAAAAAUUAAAAAUUUUUUAUGUAAAAUCAAAAUUUCAAUGUGUUUCAAAUAGUAUUUGACCUCUAAUAUUUUAAAACAGGUACAAAACUACUCCAUUUCAUCACAAUAAAUUAACAUAACAUGUUAUUAUAACAACAAACAUUUAUUUCAGCGUCGCUCCCUGCAACCGAGAAGUUCAUUACGAUCUUCUGGAUCCAAAAGAGUCACUUUUGAAGGUAACACACACAGUUACAAUUUAAAUUUUGCCUUACUUCUUAAUAAGAUAACUUUAAAAAUUUCUAUAUAAAGAAACCUCCUUUGCCAACCAAAUAUGCCCUACUAUAACGUUACCUUACAGAUUCCUUGCCAUUACCACCAAUACAAUCACCUAAAGCCUUCGAACUCGACCGGUCAUACGGCUACAAAAACAAGUUCGACAAUUCUCUUGAGUCUGAGAGAAGAUACGACGAUGUUAUCAAAAGUAGAUACAAUGCUUUUAGAAAGCAACAACACCAAGAUGUCAAGGAUCACGAUGACUUCAUAAGAUUCGAUGAUAACAAAAAAUACGGUGAGCUCACAAGAUACGACGAUCUGAAAAGAUACGAUGAUGUAAAGAGAUGCGACAAUGUAAAAAGAUACGACGACACCUUAUACCAAAAGUCAUCGCUGAUCGAAAAAGUGGUCGAACCCGUCAAAACUGUAGAAUAUGUAAGAGAGCCUUUGUGGAGAGAUUACGGUAAGAUUACUGUACUUGAUUCAACGCUUUUGCAGAUGUUAAUAACAAUGGCCAUCGUCGCUUUAACACUUUUCCCACUAACAGUACUAACGAAAGCAGUACUAAUAGUAAUUGUAAUGCCGAGUCUAUUGAUAAUAGUUGUAAAAUUGAAGGUAAACAGGGUAAUACACUUGAUAAUGACCUUGUAGGGAGCAGCAAAAAUGAAAUGGGUUUAGUUAGUCAUAGUAAUAAUAGGCAAAGUCUCGGCCCUAUUUCAGUUAGUAAUUACAAUAAGAAACCUUUGUCAAAUAACAAAAGUUCAGAAAGUUCAAAUAUAGUACAACAAAGUAACAAUAGUAAGAAUGUAAGCCAAUAUUCAAAAUUUUUUGAAGCUACCUCAAAUAACAAAGUCAUUAGUAAGCCUACUGCAAUCGUAAGUCAUGAUGACAUAGAUACUGUUGGUGAUGACAAAAUAAAUCUUACAAAUGACAGUAAAAGAGAACUGAUUAGAACUAGUAACAAGAAUAGUAAUGUAAUGCCAAAUUCAAAUAAGGUAUUUGCUCCUUCAAAUAAUACAGUACACCAUAAUUUGAAAGGUACUGUAGAAAAACUACUACAAGACCAGCAAAAUGUAUUUUACAGUGCUGAGUUUGGUAAUGUUGGAGGUUCACUUGAAGCAACUACCGUAAUACCAUUAAGCAGCCAAGUAGGAAUCAUAAAAAAUACAGUAAGAACAGUCAAAAGUCACGAUGAAAAUGUAGAUUACAGUGCUGAAUUCGGCAACGUUGGAGAUACCGUAGAAACAGCUACAGUAAUACCGUGUUGUAAUCAGGUAAAAGCCAUUAAAUACUGUAGAGUCAAGCCCUGUGUCAAUAACAUUCAGAACAGUUAUAUACCACAAGACUGCAAAAGUAAGGCAGUUCAAACAGAACAUACUGUAACAACAAACAGAGGAACGUGCACAUACAGUAAAAAAAACAACAAAAGUACAGUAACCACGUUCGAUGAGAUUUACUUACUGUUAGAAGAUAGAUACAGUAAACAAGCAGUGGACAAAUCAGCAAGUAACUACUACGUUGAGAAAGGUAUGCAGACACAAGAUACGACCAAGUUCGUCACAUAUUUAGAUAGAAGUAGCUGUGGUAGCAGUAACAAAAGUAGUGAACAUUACUACCAUGAAGUAGAUAUACAAAGCACUAACUCUUCUUCGCAAUCAGAACACAGUAGUCUUGGCUACAGUAAGACUCAGUUCGACAUAGAAGUGAAUAACGACGACAAAGAUGACUAUACCUACAUCUUGAUACAAGACAAGCAGCUAGAGCAAGUAGAACAAACUUUUGACAAUGGGUACAGUAAUCCAACUGACAUGUACUGUAACAAUGCUAGAAAUACCAUCUACUGUAAAGCCAAUAACCUAGUAAGUAACGCCAAAGAUAACAUUAAUGACGCUAUGGAAGAAGAUGACAUUUACUAUAACAUAGACAACGAUGCAGAUAACCACAAGGUAGAGGAUAAGAUGCAUUGUACUACUUUUAAAACUGAUAACACCUUCAGUACCACCUUGGAGACUAUUAGUGGUAGAAAGUUUACUUGUCAUUUCGAUAACAUUGCCAAUAUAAAUGACACAGUAAAUACUACAGUCAAUGCUGUAACAACCUCAAAAGACACUAGAAGUCAGCCUACUGUAAGAAGUAAGAAUACUGUAGAUGUGGGAGUCCAAAAUUCGUUGAAAAAGCGUAACAUACCAAAGAAAAUAAAUCAUACCAAAAAGAUACGACAAUGUAUAUUGAAAGAAGCCUUGUACUUUCUGAAUGGUACUGUAUUUUGGGACAAAAAUAUUAAAAUCAAACACUUCCAGCAUUAACUAUGCCUUUAACUGCCGCAAUUAUAUUGUGAUUGUAAUGUCAUACGCUUUGUCAUCUUGCAUUUUUUGUUAUAUUCAUGUAUAUCUUUUAUCUGCUAAAGCUAUGUUAAUGUCUUUUGCUUUAUUUAUAUUUAUUUCUUUGAUAUUGUGGUGAUGGUGUUACCUUUAUCCGUUUUAGAUUCUUUAGUUUCAUUGCCUACUAGAACUACAAUAUUGGACUACGGUAAGUAAAGUUAUACAGUAUGCAAUAAUAAAAUAUUAAGAUCGUCCGAGAUACCUUGAUGAUGGUUACAAAAAAAGUAAGUUUCUCACUUUAAUAUAUUCAGUAUCGUGGUAUUACACUCGUACGCAAUAUACUUCACAUAGAUACAAUAACCAGAGUUGGCUUUAGCUGACACAACGUAAAAGUUAUAGUAAAGUAAAAGAUAUUAAAUACCAAACAUUUUAGCCAACUCAAUCUCCUCCUUUUCGUACGACGACUACGAAGAAAGAAGGUAUGUAAUGUCAUUUUCUACAGUAAUUACUCAGCUUAAAAAUAUAUUACUUAACUCAUAAUAUAAAUCAAUUAAACUGUAAAGUAAAUAUAAUAAUACACCUUCAGAUAUUCAUCCAGAGUCAUCAGAAACCCAUACAUCUACUGA